AUCAACGGUGAAUCGUGAGAACUGUAAAAGCUCCAUUCUCCGUGAUCUCUCCUCGGCUUUCUGACCACUCUCUCUCCCUCUCUCUCUCUUCCCGAAUUUUGAAGAGUGGCCUUCCUUCUCAGGGCAUGAAUCUCCGACUUUAUACUGCAAAACCCUCUUCAGUGGUAAGCUCUGCGCCAAAGGGCACCGCUCCUACAAAGUGCGUACACGGUUCUUAGCCUGCAAUCCUCUCUCAUGCCUCUCCGAGAUCCCAUCCUCCUUGCAUGCGGCCGUUUCCACCUGCUUCUCUCUUCCUGUGCAAUCUUUUCGCUCUUUGCUCAAAGCAAUUACGUAUGACCUCUUUGUUGUUGUACUGCAUUUCUGAGAUAGCGCAUUAACUCCCACUCUUUGCUCAAUCAACGAUGGAGGUUUCGUUCUGGGUCUUAGUCCUUUCUGUGUUUCUGUGCCUUUUCGCACCCGGGUAUUCUUCAAUUGAGGACUUUCAUCAAGCGUUUCCAAUUGUGGAGCCUGAUCCAGGUCAUACGAAACUUCGUCUAGCAAGGGAAGGAUUGGCAGCCAUUGAGAGAAUAACAAACCCAAUUGCAGCUGUUGCUGUAAUUGGUCCAUAUCGCUCUGGAAAAUCUUUUUUGCUAAAUCAGCUUCUAUCCCUUUCUUGUUAUGAAGGAUUUGGUGUUGGACACAUGCGUGACACAAAAACGAAAGGGAUAUGGGUAUGGGGUACACCGUUAGAAGUGGAUAUCAAUGGAGUAAAGACUUCUGUGUUUUACCUUGAUACAGAGGGAUUUGAAAGUGUUGGGAAGUCAAAUGUCUAUGAUGACCGGAUUUUUGCUCUGGCGACUGUCAUGAGUUCUGUCCUUAUUUAUAACUUGCCUGAAACGAUUCGUGAAGCUGACAUAUCUCGGUUGUCAUUUGCUGUUGAGCUUGCUGAAGAAUUCUAUGGAAGGUUCACAGGGAAUGAUGUUGCCUUUGAACCAGCUAAGCUUUUAUGGCUUAUCCAGCGUGAUUUUCUACAAGGGAAAUCUGUGCAAGAAAUGGUGAAUGAAGCCCUUCAACGCGUACCUAAUUAUGAUGGGAACAAAAAUAUUGAUCAGGUUAAUCAAAUUCGAGAAUCCUUGGCAAUCAUGGGUGAUAACAGUACAGCCUUUAGCUUACCCCAACCUCAUCUCCAGCGGACAAAGCUUUGUGACAUGAAGGAUGGGGAGCUUGACCCAACAUAUGUCAAGAAGAGGGAGCAAUUGAAAAAACUUGUUGCUGACAUUAUCCGUCCAAAGAUUGUGCAGGGCAAAGCUCGAAAUGGAAGGGAGUUUGUAUCUUUUUUGGAGCAGAUACUUGAAGCUUUAAAUAAAGGAGAGAUUCCAUCAACUGGUUCCCUUGUGGAGGUUUUUAAUAAAGGUAUUGUUGAGCAUUGUCUGAAGUUAUACAGUGAAAGGAUGGGUAAAUUGAGUUUGCCCAUCUCAGAGAAGGCUCUGCAGAAAGCUCACGAUAUUUCUCAGAGAGAAGCAAUGAAGGCUUUUAAUGAUCAACAUUUUGGUCGUCACCAUGCUAAGAAAUCAGUCACAAAACUUGAUGAAGACAUACUGAAGGUGUAUAAGAAUUUUAUUCUUGCAAAUGAGUAUCAUUCUUCAAAGCUGUGUGAGGCACUGUAUACCAGAUGUGAGGACAAAAUGGAUCAGCUUCAGGUCCUUCGGCUUCCUUCCAUGGCAAAAUUUAAUGCAGGUUUUCUUCAAUGCAACCAAAGUUUUGAGCGGGAGUGUGUGGGGCCUUCUAAAACCAGCUAUGAACAUCGGAUGAUGAAGAUGCUGGGGAAGUCUCGAUCUCUAUUUAUCAAGGAAUAUAAUCACAGGUUGUUCAAUUGGCUGGUGGCCUUCUCCCUUGUCAUGGUGGUGGUGGGCCGGUUUGUUAUUAAGUUCUUUUUGAUAGAAAUCGGUGCAUGGGUACUUUUUAUCUUCUUAGAGACAUACACAAGGAUGUUUUGGUCAGCGGAGUCUCUUUAUUACAACCCAGUUUGGCAUUUUAUUGUAGCAACUUGGGAAACUCUAGUUUACAGCCCCAUCCUUGAUUUGGACAGAUGGGCCAUUCCAAUUGGUGUGGUUGCUGCUAUAUUUGUGCUUUAUUGGCGGUGUUACGGCAGGAGGAAACAUGGCUCUCAUUGGCUGCUACCCUUGUACAACAAUCAUAAGGCUGGCUCAAAUCGACCGAGAUCAGACUAAAGUGAAUUUAUAUGAAUGAUUUUGAGCAAAUUAGAAACUGUUUGUUCAUUAUGUUCGGCGAGCUUUCCUCCUCUUUUUUUAUACACAAAGUUCGCUGAUGAAUUUUGGUUCUAAAAUAUCCCAUUUCAUACAAAAAUAGUGUAGAGUGUAGCGACAAAAAUUCAGGUGCAACCAGCUCUAGUAGUGUCUUUAACUUUUUUACAUUUCCAAACGAAUUGUAUUAAUAUUAUUUUACGUUGAUUUUUACAUUUGCGUCUGUUGAGUCGGCGCCAUUUAAUUAUUGUUGAAAACAUAUAAGCUUGGUCCAAUUCUGUUGAAUUGGCCUGCCUUUAUUUUCAAUUUUUGGAACUAUAGGCAUGGAUUUUCAACUAUUGGAUUUAAAAUUUAUGUAUAUUAAAUGAAGUUCUAAUUAAACAACUUUGAAUUGUUCAGUUCUAAA